AUGUCUUCUCCAAAUUGCCCCGAAUUACUUGCUCAUUGGUUUCAUGCGAUUGAUGUACCAUUGAGAGAUCCAAACAAAGACAAAAAAUUUCAAACCGGCACGUCAUCAUCAUCGAUUAACACUACUACAUCAUCCUCCUCUUCGACCAACACUCUACAUAAUCUCUCAUUAUCCAAUUCCAACAAAUCUUAUACUUCUAAACAACCAACUAUUUGGAAAGCUUUUUCCAAACGUGAUUCUAACGCUCUCGAAGCUGUCUUCAAAGCUGGAAAACCUGGAGCGAAGGUUCCAUGUAAUGAAGAUUAUCUAUUCGAAGUAGAUAUUGACAAUCGCGAGAUUAGCCCUGUAUUUUGGCCAGGUGCUACAUAUGAAGUUGUACGUGCCACUUGGUUUUAUCUAAGUGACGGAAAAUUUCUUCCCUGUGAUGAAAAUUUGGCUGCUCAAAUUGAAGAUGGAUACAGGAAACAUCAAGCGUGGAUUCCACGACCUGAAUUGGAGUCAACUGAUCAAACUAAUAAUGGGUCCGAACAAAUUCAAGAAAAAAGUUGGCCAUUACUUGGAAAAUAUCUUUCUCAGUAUGUGGUCUAUACGAAUCCUACAACUGCUUGGUUAUUACACGAUGAUAUGACUGGAAAACUAACAAAAACUUUUUUUGCCAAACUCACUAAUGGAGUUCAUCUGGGAGGAACUCGCCUUAUCCGAGGUUAUAAUGAAACUAAAAGAUUAUUAUCGAAAAAAUCAUCUGAGGAUGAGGAGAAGAAAUUUAAGGGUGAAUUGGACAACCUUUCUUCCGCAGGCAGUGUUCCGAGAGAAGUUAAACUGGAAAUAGUUGAAAGUGAAGAUUAUAAUAAUGACGAAGAAGAAGAGAGAGUCAUUGAUCAUCUUAUUUUGGUAAUUCACGGAAUCGGUCAAAAGCUUAGCGAGAAAAUGGAAUCUAUUAAUUUUGUACAUGACGUCAACAUGUUAAGGAAAACUAUUAAAACCACAUACUCUACAACACUUGGUCCUGAAACUGCUUAUAAAAACAUUUCUAAAAAUAAAUCAGAAUUUAACUCAGAUCGCCGCAAUUCUGGUAAUUCUGAGAAAAGCAAUCAUAAAUUCGGAAAUGGUGUACAAGUUUUGCCUAUUCAAUGGAGGCAAGAAAUAAAGUUUGGAAUGGCGUCUGAAGAUGAGAACGUUCAAAGAGAUUUAGGCAUGCCUAAUGCUGAAGAAGGUCAAACUACUUUGGAAGAAAUUACUUUGGAGGGUGUACCAACAUUAAGAAUGUUGAUUUCUGACGUUUUAAUGGAUGGUAAAAUGAAUCCUUUUAUGAUCAAAGAUUUCACUUGA